AUGGCCUUCGGCUCGAGUUCAUCCACUGCUGGAGAAGGAGGCUUUCACUUGAUGAGUUGCCUAAAAGAAGUUCCGACACUCAGAGGUGACAACCACACUGAGUGGAGGAAGAAAGUUGAAUUGGCAUUUGUUUGUGCUGAUCUUGACUGGGUUGUGGAGAAACCACAGCCGGUCAGACCCACAGAGCCAGUAAGAGAGGCCACUGAUGAUGAUGCUGCAUGGGCUAAAAAGAAAGGGGACUAUGCUCCUUUGGAGCAGUCCUACCUCAUAGAUAAUCAAAAGUGGGUCAAUGCAAACAAAAAGUGCAUGGCCUUUAUAAAGAAUGCAAUUGAGAGCGCCAUUGUGUUAGAGCAACUGGUGACAGAACGCUACACAGGUGGUAGUCAUGGAAUAAGAGAGCACAUCCUCAGGAUGAGCAAUAUGGCAGAAAAGCUCAAGCCCAUGGAUGCGGAUCUGGAGAUCAAACCAGCGCUCCUGGUCCACCUUGUCAUGGCUUCACUGCCGAAGGAGUUUGAAGCUUUUGUUGUGAACUACAAUAUGUCACCUGGAACAUGGGACAUUAAAAAGACAAUAGCAAUGGUCACAAGAGAGAAUUACAAUCAAAACAACAAAAGUUCUCCUUCAAAGCCACAAGGAAAAGCUUCCUAUCAGCAUCAGCGUCAGCAACAGCCUUUCUCAGUGGACAAAGACACUUGUCUCCACUGUAAGAAGACCAGGCAUUACAAGAAAGACUGUCCUGAUUGGCUAAAGUCAAUCAUGGCAAAAAGAGGGAUUCCAUUCGACUCGGACUACGCUAAGAAGCGAAAGACGCAUUGA